AUGAACUCUGCGAUCAUUUUGCUGAUUUCGACUGCUUUGGGCGUCUUCGCCAUACCUACAGCCGUCUCAGAGACUGGCCUUGAAGCGGAUUUUGAAGAUGAGAAUGCGUCAAAGAGGGCCCUUACCGGCUUUGGAAAGAUGCUUUGGUACACCAUUCACAAAAAACCAUGGAGAUAUAACGGUUAUGGUUGCUACUGUGGUUUUGGUGGGAAAGGAGACCCUGCGGAUGAUUUGGACAGGUGUUGCUUCGACCAUGACAACUGUUACCAUGACAUUCAAAAGUCGGAAAUCUGUCCAUUCGAGGCAGGAGUGUAUUUUAUGUCCUACACAACAGAAAAGAAUAAACCCACUAAAUGCAAACCUGCCUCUUAUUACCGCAUUAACGGAAAAUGCCGCUCUGCCUUGUGCGAAUGCGAUGCAGUUGCCACCGAAUGCUUCAAGAGGAGUGACUUUAACGAGAAAUACAAAAAGUACUCUCGGGACAAGUGCUAG